AUGAAAAACUCUACCAAGUGUUGUAUUAACCGUAUCAUAACAUGCUUGUCGCCAGUAAGGGCGGAAGGUAAGUUCAACCAAUUGAAAUUUGCCAAACUUUCGGUUUUGUAUCCACCGCUGAGUUGGAACACGCCUCAGAUUAAAUGAGAUUUCCCAAGCCUAUUUGACAUAAACGCUGUAACUAACUGCUUAAAAUGCAUGGUUAAAGUAAGAUUUUAGCAUUCGACUUCCCCACUGCUUUUCCUAAAUUUGUUUGUUGCCUCAAAAGGGGAAAACAUUUUCAGCGACUUUGUGCACCGUGCAACAGCUUUCAGUGUCAUGUCUGCCCGUAACUCACUUUAUCUCGAUUACACUAUUUCGUCGUUAACCGACGCUCCUGCAUCUUAGAGAGUUGUUAUGUGUAAAUCUGCAAGAAAAGAUUACAUGUCGCCGAUAAUCGUGAUGUAUCGAUAGGGUGGUUACCUUAACUCUAAACAUUUCCGAAUUUCUUAAUGAUUCCGAUCCCGACUACUGACUAUUGCUUGACUAUUGGCCUUAUAGAAACGUGAUUUUUAUUUCAUUUUACAGUUGUGAAUGACUUGCGUCCUUCAAUAUCAGCUGUUUAACUUUUACAUAGUAAAGAAGGUUAUUUCGAAUAUAAUUAAGUCAACGGACAUGUUUAGGCACGAAGUAAUUCAAUUAAUGGCGACCUUGAGCAGUCAGGACGGCAACGCCAAGGAAGACUUCGAUUAAAAAAUGAAUUUCUGCCUUUAAUUAGAAUUUUGAAAAUGGCUGCAUGUGUUUACUGUCUCGUGCGGCGCCACGCCUCAACUUCAGCAUAACGUUUGAAAGAAGCGUUGAGUUCCAAAUGGAAAUUAAAAUAAUUUGCCGUCGCGGUUUCGGUUCGCAGAAGGCACAAAUUGUGGUGAUAUCACGUUGUUAUUUUGCGUAGGACGGCUAAGAAAUGUACAAAGUUUUAAAACGCAUGUGUUGAGCCAUUAUUCUUCCAAUAAGAUCUUUUGUUUUUCCAUGUCCUCGUUGCCGUCGCCGUCGUGGUUUUCUUAAGGUCCCUAAUGGUUAUGUUUGAACAACCACUGCAAAUGCCGUGAAAGCGACACAUGUUGCACCCAGUCCCUUUCGCAAUAAUGAGUUAAAGUUGGUGACAUUACUAGUUAAAAAGUGCGCUCUUUGCUUCUUAAACCUCAGCUUUGAACAGCGGUUAAAGCUAAUAUGAGUGGAAAUUGUGUCAGAAUAAUGGAAGCCAUUCGCCGACGUAAUAUUUGUUUCAUUGUUUAAAAUACUGCGAGCGAAGGCAGCCCGACUGUCUAGAGUGAAGCGUCACGAGAGCGAAAUCUGGACAACCACUUCAACGUUUGCCGCUAGUAAGCGGAAACACUCGUUAUACUUUUGAGAUUCGAGUUUGUUCCUGUGGUGAAAAAUCUACUCAAAUUUUUCAAAAUCCAUAACAUUAUUGCGUAUUGAUUGCGUUAAAAAUAUUGACGCGAAAUCACUCUUGUGUUUCGUAAGUUUUUCUUCGUUUAGUGAGUUUGUAAUGGUAGCGCGAAAAAUUGUGAAUCGUACAUGAUAAGCCAUUAUCCGCGAUGAAUUUCUUGUUACUUGUGUCAAUUUUCAAUUUAUAGCCGAUACAAAGGCCGCUAAAGUGAGACGGUAGGACCGUGAAAUACUUUCGUCUUUCUCCUCAGAGAGAUUGGGAAGAUUGCAAUUCCGGUGAAACAAAACAAAAAAACAAAACAAAAAAAAAGGCAAAGAUCUUGAAGCAAUACCAAAGAAAUAAUGUCAUUUCAACUUUAGCACUUCAAAUGUAAGCAUUUCGUUUUUCGUGUGGAAUAUCCAAAGACCCAGUUUUAGUUGGGCAAUUUAUUACAGCUGUUGCUUCGCUAUAAUUCAUCUUGGUAUGCUGAGACUUCUAAUGUUGCCAGUAAGUACUUUUAACCGAUAGAAGAGGUAAAUUGUUUUAUUUCUUAUACCCCUUUAAGGAAACAUUAUUCUAUUUAAAUCACAGGUCUCUCCCCCACCUAAAACCCCUGAGCCUAGAUUUAAUUUGAAAUUGAAGGCCUUCCCUGUUUUUACUACAUACAAUUUCAACAACCUCAAACUUGACACAGAAAUAGAUUCUGCAAAAUCUUGCACCCUAUCUCCCAUAACCAGGUGUGCCUUUCUGUUUGACAAAGACAAUUUUUCUUUUUUAAAUGAUUCAAACAAAGGUGGAUGGUGCUGGAAAGAGUACGCCACUGCUGGCUUAGUAGGAGGUGUAGCAGCAGUAGUUGGAGCCCCUAUUGUUCUUUCUGUCACAGGAUUUACAGCUACAGGUGUUGCUGCCGGUUCCAUUGCCGCUGGCAUCCAGUCUGCAGUGUACGGGGGAGCUGUGGCUUCAGGCAGCAUAUUUGCAGGACUUCAAAGUGCUGGUGCAGCCGGCAUGGGAGCCAAGGCAACUAUGGCUCUCUUUUCUUCGGGAGCUGCGGUGACCACCUAUAUCAAGAAUAAGGUUGCUCCAUGA